UCCGGACCCUCCCACAACUCUCUCCAUUCUUUCAUCUUCUACCUCACAUCCUAGCUCUUUGCUCGUUAUUACAUACAGUAUAUACUAUAUUCAGAAGAUUGCUAGCUACAUACUGCAUCAAUUCAACGUUGUUCUUGUUCACCAUAGCUUCUGUCCCCAGAAAUAUCAUGGGCUUUGAUAUCUCUAAACCAGGGCUUCGACUUGGUCUUGGUCUCCAUGAUGAUCACUCAUCAGAAAAUUGCAUGAUGAAGACCAAUGAACAAAGGCAAAGGCAAAGACAAAGACAAAGCCAGAAGAAAAAGGAAGCAGAUCCAUGUAACAAGGCUUACCCAUCACUUAAGUUAGGACCACCCGAUGAUGAGGCAAACAAUAAUAAUCAACAAAUUACAAAUAUUGAAUCCGAUGAAUAUUAUUAUUUCCACCCACAUGCCUCUUCUAGAUCUCCAAGUGCAGUGUCUUCAUUUUCCAACUCAUCUAUCAUCAUCAAGAGAGAGAGAGAACAACUUGAGUUAGAGGUAGAGAAGAUUUCGCUAUCAAGAGAUUUUGUCGAGGUUGACGAAAAUGGUAACCCCAAGAAGAAACUUAGGCUCACCAAAGAACAAUCUGCAGUCUUAGAAGAUAGCUUCAAAGAGCAUUAUACUAUCAGUCCGAAACAGAAGCAAGAAUUGGCAAAGAAACUGAAUCUUCGGACUAGACAAGUGGAGGUGUGGUUUCAGAACAGAAGAGCGAGGACAAAACUGAAACAAACCGAAGUGGAGCGUGAGUUACUGAAAAAGUGCUGUGAAACUCUAACUGAGGAGAACAAGAUGCUGGAAAAAGAGUUGCAAGAGCUCAAAUCGACGAAAACAUCGAUGGGACCCUUUUAUAUGCAGCUUCCAGUGGAAAGCCUUAGAAUAUGCCCUUCGUGUGAGAGAAUAAGCGGUGGCAACAAUGGCUCCUCUCCCACAACGGCUUUGCUUGAAGCCCCAAAGGCCCAUAAAGAUCAGCCCUUCUAUAAAAAUAACUACACAUUCACCCAAUCAUCCGCAGCUUUUGCUAGCUAGCUAGGGAGGCUAAUGCAACUUCAUAUUUUACGGCAAUCAUUUUUAUUAUUCUGUUAACUUCUGUUUUAAAGAUAUCAA